CCCCCCCCCCCUCCCCGUCGCUACCCCCGUGGCUGUUUGUCUCUCGGUUCUAGUUUCCGGGCUUCGGUUGCCUCGGGGAACUACCAUGGUGUCUCCAGCCGGCUGGGGGAGCCCGGGGAGGGCGCGGCUUGCGCUAUGCCUGGCGGGGCUCGCGCUCUCUGCUUACGCGCUGCAUGUGAAGGCGGAGCGCGCCCGGAGCAGAGAGUACCGCGCCUAUUGCGACCUGGGCGAGUCCAUCAGCUGCUCCCGCGUAUUUUCCUCCCCAUGGAGUAAGGGCUUUGGGCUGGUGGAACCCUUCCUGGGUCCUGACAGCAUCCUGAACCAGUCCAACAGCAUCUUCGGCCUUAUCUUCUAUAGCCAGCAGCUACUUCUGGGUUGCUACAGUGCUCCGUGGGCUUCCUCAGUCUUGCUGUUCAGCUCCGUGCUUUCUCUUUUGGGUUCAGUUUACCUAGCCUGGAUCUUGCUUUUCGUGCUCUAUGACUUCUGCCUGGUUUGUGUCACCACCUAUGCCAUCAAUUUGGGCCUAGCUAUACUCAACUACCAGAAGGCAACGGGCCCCUCGGGCCCACAGGACCGCAAUAAAAAGGGACACUGACGUCAAAUCGAUGGCCCUAGUGAGGAUCACCAAACCCAUAUCAAACUGAUCUCACCCAGGAGCCCGUCCCAUCAGCUACUGGAGUUUGGGUGAAGACUGGCGGAUGAUGGCAGGACCCAUGCUCACAAUGUAGCCUGACUGUUCCAUUAAUUUGCUGUCCAUCUCUUCCCCUCGAAUCUCUGCCAUAUUUCCUCUUGCCUUCCACAUGCAAAGACUGUUACUGCCACCAUCCCCUCUCCCACCUUUCCCCAUGGAAAAGCUGCUUCUAGUCAGGCUCCUAUUGCUCUGUAUCAGUUGUCUCUGGAGUCACCUGCUGAUUCCACCCUUUUCCCCUUGACUAUCAGUUCUAGGAAAAGCUGGGAUAAAAACUGCUGAUCUGUUAUGGGGUGGGGGGGGCAGCCUAAUCAAUGCUGUUCAAUAAAGAAAAUGAGAAAGACUA